AUGAAUCGAUUCACAUUUACUGAACCUCUCGACCCAAAAUACAGCUGCGAUUCAGACGGAGACUCAGAUGAUGUUCAGUCAAUUAUCGACACAAAAUUUCACGAGCAACAAAAAGAGUUAAAAUUACAAGAUGUAAUAAAUCAAAAGAACCUCAACAGCAUCCAACGAAGCUACGUAAAAUGUGCCAAAGGAAAAUGUCCAGCAUUAAUGAGUGAGCACGCGAGACGCUUACACAGAUUGUUUUUAAAAAACCGUAAAGUUAAUUAUCUCAACACAAAGAAGCAAGAUAAAAAAUUAUCGAGAAUAUUUAUCGACACCGGGAGAAAGAAGCGAAUUGAGAUUCUUCAGGCUGAAGUUUAUGAUCUUGACUUGAGGCUGAAAGUUGCUUCUGGUAAAUUACAUACGAAAGAGACUGAAGAUAAUUACAGGGAGAUUGAACGUAAUUUAAGACUUCAGGAAGAGAUGGAAGAGAAAAUUAAAAAGACAAAAAUUGAAAUUGGACACAUUGAGUCUCAAAUGGAUAGACUUGAUCGUAAAAGUGUUGAGCUGGACCGUGAGACUGAGGCUGAAGUUCCAUUCAUUGAGCACCUCAAACGAGCCAAUCGUCAACUAGAAAUUCACGAGAACCGUCUUCAAAUUUCCCGUCAAUGCGAAGGCAAAAUGACAGCUGAGAACAAGCAAUUACGUGAAUUACUCUGCAACAUGCUUUAUGCUCGCUCAAUUUUCAACAAACAUUGGAACCAAAUUGUUGACAAAUUAAAGAAUCGCAAAAUGUUUCUACUCGACAUGAUUGAACGAUCGAGUACGGCAUUCAAUCAAGACGCUAAUCAAAUGGACAAUUACAAGAAACUGCUGUCACGUAGGAAUCUAGACAGAGAAAUGGCAAUUUCGGAUAUGCUUAAAAUGCAACGACAAAUUGAUGCUAAUGAUUUAAUGGACAUGUUUUUGAAGCCAAAAGGCAAAAAUCGACCUUUUGCGCCGCUAGACAAGCAUGAAGUUGCGAGAAGGAAGGGAGUCAAGAAGGCUUAUGACGAUCAAUUAAACUUUUAUCAAAAUUUAAUUAAUGAAAUUAAGAAAUUUCCACUUGAUUCCAAAAAUAAUUCAUUGGAAAAGACAGUUGAGUAUUUAAGGUUUGUGGACAAUGAGAACUUUGAAUAUUAUCGGUAUCGUGAGGAUAUGGAUCGUCGACUUGAUGAUAUAGCAAAUAUGACAGCAAGUACAGUGAAUGAAAUCAGUAAGAAUCAUGACAUGAGUGAGAAAAUAAGAGAAUAUUACAAGCAAAAGAUUGAGGAACGUGACAAGACAUUGCAGACUGAAAUCAGUACGACGAUGAAGUAUAAAAUGGAAAAUGAUAAGCUCAUCCGUGAAGUUGAGAGAUAUUCCAAGAUAUUCUUGAGCAUCAUUAAGACAUUGCGAUGUGAUAUGACGCGAUUCCAAAAGCUUCUUAGGAAACAGGAUAUUAUGGAUGACCGGAACUUAGACAUCCUGUUGUCACUGAUUGAGAAUCGAAUGAAUAUGAUUAUUGCCUUCCUGUACUGUAAACAGCGUGAAGACAUCGACAUUCAAACUGAAGAUCCAAAACUCAUUGUCAGAAGUCUUAAGUAUGUUGAUCGUCCAGUCAUCAGAAUCAAUGACAUUAUCGUCACUAAUCAAUGUCCCGAAUGUGCUCAAACUGAAGACGUUAAUCUUCAAGAAGCAAAUGAGCUUGUUCAAAUGCUGGAUGACGAUGAGUUACGUCAAAUUAUGAUCAAUAAAACCAAAAUACCUGGAUUGGCACAACGCAUGCAUACACUGUCUGCAUGUAAUUUACCUCGAAGUGGAAUGAUUGCUGGUCGUCGUUAUGCUGAAUAA